UCCCCUUCAUAUAAUCAAAUCACAUUCUUUUCUAAAUGAAAAGUCUACACUUCUCCUUUAGUCCAUUUCUAGCUAGCUUGGCACCAAUUUCCUUUUUCCUUUAAGAUCUCAUCUUCUCUGCACUUCCUUGUCUGAUCAUAUAUCAAGAUAUGGUAUCGACAGCGGGCGAAAACGCCGCCGUUUACGACGUAAGGCUGUCGUCGGUGGUCCCGGCGAGCAUCACCGGAGAGGAUAAGGUCCAUGAACUCAGCAACAUGGACUUGAUGCUGAAGCUGCAUUAUGUCAAGGGAAUAUACUUCUUUAGAAGCGGAGCAGCACGAGGGUUAACCAUAAAUGACCUGAAAAAACCAAUGUUUGAAUGCUUAGCCCUCUACUCCACUUUAUCGGGGAGAGUUAGAAAGUCCGAAGAUGGAAGACCAUUCAUCAAAUGCAAUGAUAGUGGUGUUCGUAUUGCCGAGGCAAAGUGCAGUAAAACUUUGGAUGAAUGGCUGGCUUUCAACGAUGAUUCUCUUAACGAUCAGCUAAUUUACAGCCAGUUCCUUGCUCCUGAUGCCGGAUUCACUCCUCUUGUUUUUGUCCAGUUCACAUGGUUCAAAUGUGGAGGAAUCUCAAUUGGACUAAGUUGGGCUCAUGUUGUGGGAGAUGCAUUCUCAGCUUCACACUUCAUCAAUAUGUGGGGCCAAAUCUUGACAGGUCAAGUGCCACCUCAUCAUCUUGACACCUACAACCCCAAAAACCAAAAAAAGUUCCCCUCCCCACUUGCCAAGGUACCACUUUCUAUCCAGAGGGUACUACUGGACCCAGAUGGUGGCCAUUGGCUCCUUUCCAAUCACAGAAAAAUGAGAACCCACUCCUUCCACGUAACUCCAAAACAGUUGAACCGUUUGACCGAAGAAGCUAAACUGGUGAAGCCCUUUGAAGUUAUCUCAGCAAUGAUAUGGAAGUCUUUGGCCAAGACAAGUGGCAAAGCAGAAGAGCCUAAGAUUGUGACAUUAAUCUCUGGCACUUGGGAUAAGGAAAAUGAACUGCCGAGCAAUUCUCGAGUCAUCAUUAGCACAAUUGAAGCGGCUGAGGCUCCACCUGCACAGGCUGAUUUAGCAGAAUUGGCCAGGCUGAUUGCUCAGACACAGGAGGACGAGACCCAUUUAGUUGAACGAGUGAUGGAUCAGAAGGGCAGUGAUGAUGGAGAGUCUCGUGACUUUAUUUUAUACGGCGCCCGUCUCACCUUUGUAAAUUUGGAGAAGAUGAAUAUUUACGCGCUGAAAAUGGGCGGCCAUCAUCAACCAGUUUUUGCAAGUUAUUCUGUAAGUGGGGUUGGUGAUGAAGGUGCAGUUUUGGUGCUGCCGGGACCUCCUCCUGGGACUGAGAGUGGCGAAGAUGAAGGGGGAAGGGUAAUAAAUUUGAUUCUGCCCGAAAAUCAACUCGAGGAACUCAAGUAUCAACUUGGAAACGAGUGGGGUAUACAUUGAUUAGCUGAAAACCUAGACAAAUCCUUGAUUGGCUGAAGAUGGAAGUUGCUGAAUAUUUGAUCAUUCAUUUGUCAAACGAACGCGUUACAUCUCUCGGUUUCUUGUAAGUUUGUGUUGUUCAUGUCUUUACGGAAAUGCAUACGGUUUGCAUACGCAUGUAUGGCUGGAUAGUAAAUUAUUUGAGAUAAUUUUAUAAAAAAAUAUUGUAUCACUUCUUUUUAAUGUGA